AUGCCUGAGCCGGCUCACUCCCCGCAGCGAGACCGAGCGCGGCAUCGUGACCGAGACCGCGAGCGAGAUCGCGACCCGUCGCAGCACAGCAAACGCCUGAGCAUCACAGACCGCAUUCUCGGCUCCCUCAACCAAGCCCGCAAGGAAACAUCGGCUGCCGUGCAGCGUCGCACGUCGACAUCGGCAUCGACGUCCGCCUCGGCCAGGCAGUCUCCCAUUCCGCGCAUUCGCGAAUGGCUCAGCACAUGCAAUACCCAGCAUGGCAGGCACUGCAGCGGGACGGAUAGCCGUGACGUCCCAACCUGGCGCCCAAUUUACCUGAUAGACUGCGAUGAACGCUGCUUGGUCCGCUCCAAGCCCGCCGACAGAUACUCGGCCCUCAGCUAUGUCUGGGGAGCCUCAAACCCGCGAGCCACCGGCUCCGACGCCGUCGCCCAGCUGUUGACCACCAACCUCGAUGCCUACCAGCUCGGCCUGCCAGACAAGGAUGUACCGCAAACCAUCCUCGAUGCCAUAUGGCUCUCUAAAAAGCUUGGGAUACGGUAUCUUUGGGUCGAUCGCAUGUGCAUAGUCCAGGAUGAUGAACAGGACAAGUCCGAGCACAUUGAACACAUGGCUUACGUGUUUGCCAACGCCUGUUUGACCAUUAUUUCUGCCUACGGCGAUGUUCACACUGGCCUGCUUCCCCUGGAUCCGCGCCGCCCUUCUCGGACACCCAGGCAGGGUAACCCAGAUCAUAGUGACUUGCUGUUGUCGUCAAAAUGGAACACGAGGGGCUGGACACUGCAGGAGCUUGUCUAUUCGAGACGAGCAGUCUUCUUCUUUGAAGAUGCCGUCACCUGGGAAUGCCACUGCGACCUGUGGCAGGUAAAUGCUACAAACAUGACCAAAAUACUUCGUGGUAAAAGGCCUGCUUGUACGAAUCGAUUGUCCGAGGCGGCAUUCGGAUUCCAACACACAGAGUGGCCUGACAUGGAUGAAUAUGCUCGCCUGGCCAUGGACUAUAGUAUGAGGAGGAUCACAAUUGUUGACGACUCCAUCAGGGCCUUUGCCGGCGUCACGCACGUAUUGUCUCGCAUUUUUCAAGGUGGUUUCGCCUACGGCAUGCCUCUCAUGUUCAUUGACAUUGCCCUCCUCUGGAGACCUCAGGCGACAAUUCGACGACGGGCCAUGUCUCGCCCGCCAUUCCUCCCGUCAUGGUCCUGGAUGGGCUGGUGGUUUGACGGUAUUCCCGUUGACCUCACCCUGUGGAGGGCGGCGGCGGACUAUGUCGAGGAAACGCAGGCGGUAAAGCGAGGACAAGAGUCCAAGAGGUUUAAGCCGACGCACCCGUUUCGCAUCAAGACAAUGGUGGUCUGGAGUCUGUCAGACAGGGCAAAUUCUGUACCCAUUGACAAUACCGGUUUGCGAAUGCGAGAAUUCCGCUCCCGCAAAGGCGCCGGCCAGGCUCUGCCCCCCGGGUGGUCCAAGUCCGGCACUCACUUCAAGCACGACAGCGACGACUUCACCCUGUUCAAGUACCCCGUUCCGGUGGAAGAUGUCCCCGAGGACGGCGCGUACGAGUCGCGACCUACAGAGUUAAGCAUGCCUGGGCCGCUGCUCUAUUUCCGGACAACGACUGCAUUCUUCGACGUCGACUACGCCAUCUCCAUGGCGCCCAAGGACAUGCCGAACCCUCCGGUGGCCAUUGGCAACAUCUUUAGUAGGUCCAGCCACUGGAUAGGAGAGCUGCGAAGCCAUGACGGCUGGCUGGGGGUGCAAUCAUCCAACUACGAUGGCGAGGAGAAGCUGGAGUUUAUUGCUAUUUCGAGCGCCAUGGAGCGCAAGGGCUCGUAUGUAUUUCCAAUGGACAGGUUUUCCGAGAGCAUGGACGACGACGGUGUGGUGCAGUUUGUCAAUGUGUUGUGGAUUGAAAGAAUAUCGGGGGUGGCUUAUAGGAGAGGCAUUGGUCAUAUUUUGCAAAAGGCUUGGGAUGUCGAGGCCAAGGAGGAAGUAGACAUUUAUCUUGGCUAG